AUAGAAAAUAUAGUAUUUUCCAAGAACUACAUCAAUUUAUUGAUGAAUAAAUUGACAAUGUAAAACAGCUAUAAGUGAUUAAUGAUGAUUUACUCGAUGGGUUUACUCUGAUCCAAAGAAAUUUUGAUCUAUUAUGGUUAUUCCAAAUCCAAACCACGAACACAUUGCUAUAAUAAACUGUUUGCAAGAAUUUGAUUGUUGUUCAAGAUGUAUAUUAAGAUUGUUGAAUAUGAGGAUUGGAACAGAAAUGUAUAUAGAUGCAGAUGCUUACAUAAAAGAUAUAUUGAACGAAAAUCCAAACACAGAAAUUAAUCUACCAUCAAAAAAAAUUAAACGAAAUCCAUGUCGAGUGUGUUUAGAUAUAUUACAAGACUCGACAGUAAAAAAAUUUUCUGAAAACAUAAAAUUUAGUAACAUUAAUGAGUACCAGUAUUCAGACUUUGUUACUCAUAUAAGUUUACCCAAAAGUGUGAUCAUCAGAAAUCACAGUAUGUGUACAUAUUUAAAAGAAAAUUUUCCAAAAGUAUAUAGUGACUUCAACAGUAUAGAAAGUGUUAAUAAAAUCUUUAAAAUAGCCUCCACUGCAACAAUAUCUGAAAUAACAUCUAAAUUAUUCAACCCACAAUCAAAUUUAAUUCUGACGUUUGAGGUGGAAUACGAAGACGAUAAUUUGGAGAUACAGAAUAUAAAACAAUUAACACAUUUAAUAAAGAAAGGUAAACAACAAGAGGCAAGUAAAAACGUUAUAGUGGAAAUUCUAGACAAAUGUGAUGAUGCCUUAUUUAAGAAAUAUUUCACUGUUCCCCCAUCUACACCAAACAAAGAAACAAUAGCAAAAGUUCAUUGUGUGGCAGAAUCAAUAUGGAUAGGAGGAAGAUACUUAAAAUUUUCACGUGAAAUGGGUCAAACUCCUUGGAUUAUUAACAAUAAAGUUAUGGCAAAGUUUAAUAUUCAGGAUGUUAUAUUUGACAGCAUGGAAAAAAUAUUAGGAUGUAACAGAAGCAAAUUAACAUUUUGUGCGAGUGGUCGGGAGGAUGCCGAUGUAAGAAUGCUCGGUAAUGGUAGACCAUUUUAUGUUCAAAUUGAUGAUCCUAGAGAUAAGCGUAUAACAUUUGACCAGUGCAGAGCAAUCGAAAAAGAAAUUUUCCACUCUGAAAUAGCUGCGGUUGUGAAAUUACAAAAUAUCCCUAGAACCAGUCUAAAGAAACUUAAGGAUGGCGAACAAAAUAAGCGUAAACAUUAUUAUGCAUUAUGCCAAAUAAUAGGCAAAGUUGAUAUGAAUGAUAUAGUAAAUAAAAUAAAUGCCUAUAAAAAUGAAACCUUGGAAAUUUUUCAAAAAACUCCCCUGAGAGUGUUGCAUAGGAGAACGCAAGCUGUUAGGAAGAAAUACAUUCACAGUAUGGAGGCAAGGGUGGCUACAGAUUUNGUAAAUGGCGACUUCCAAAGGACGCAACCUAGUUUAAACUCAAUAUUAAAAUUUCCCAUUGAUGUUGCUGCAUUAGACGUUACUAAUAUCGACCUAGCUUGGCCUGAAGAAUAAACUUGAAAGAAAGUCGUAAUUUGUAAAAAAAUUAAGCAAUUAAAGAUAAGUUAUUAAAUUUUAA